AAGUCGUGUUAUACCUCGUUGCUAAGGUGGCUGCUGCCCGACAGCCCCGUGGAGGAGUCAGGUAUCACACUCAGCAUCAUUAUCAUCUCAAAAUCGUCGAGGUUUCAUCUCAUCUCAUGGAGGAGCCGAGGGGCGGGACUAUGAUAUGUAACGAGCGCCAUGAUUGGCCAUUACCACAAGUGACAUCAUCUGAAUUUCAAUAUCUCUUUUCAAUGUGAUUUUUCUCUGACAUGCCAUUUUUACAUUAGGGUAUUGGCGCGGCAUGAGGAGAUUGUUAGAAAGCGAGCUGAUACACGCGAGCAAGCAUUCAUGUGCACUCUGUCAGAAAGUAGGCUGUCGACACACCCUUGGGCGAGCACUUAGGCUGCGGGAGCCGUGUGUUCCGACCCCGCCGACUGCGGUCUCACUGGACCGUGCCGUCCCCGCUGGUCCACCUCCCAUCAUCAUCUCCUCUCAGUGACCGCUUGGGAUUAUUGUGCGCCGCCCGCGUCCACGCGGAUAUAUUUGAAGGGCGAGUCACAAGGACAUAGAGGUUAUAUAAGAGGCGCCGAAGAGGUGGAUCUUGACCGCAAGUGACCCGCAGAGUGAGAUGAACGACUGACCGCUGAGAUUCUUGACCCCCUCCCACGUGUCUUGUGCUUCCCCUUCUGUCAGCUGAAAGAAAACGGAGUGUUCGAGUGUCUCCUGCGAGCGAUAAACUGGAACUUCAUUUGAGUUGAAACUAUAGAGCUUCUGACUCUGGGUAAACAGGGAGAACAAUAGGCGGAAUCAUCGCUGAGAACCUCUUCUCCUUCUUAAACGAUCUCUAGCCUCCUCGAGCUGUGAGAUCGAAGUCCUCACCAGCUCUCGACGUCACCCACACGCUUCACCAAUACACAGCUACGAUGUUCAACCUCUCCGAGCUGGGGUCGCUGGAGGCACCGUCGGCAGCGUCUCCUGCAACGUCGCUCACGCCUACGUCAGCGUCAAGCACCAACACCACCACUUCCAAGACCGAGGACCACGUGAAGCGUCCCAUGAACGCCUUCAUGGUGUGGUCCAGGAUCCAGAGGAGGAAGAUCGCGCUGGAGAACCCCAAAAUGCACAACUCUGAGAUCUCCAAGCGGCUGGGAGCCGAGUGGAAGCUCUUGACGGACUCAGAGAAGAGGCCCUUCAUUGACGAGGCUAAGAGACUCAGGGCACAACACAUGAGGGACUACCCUGACUACAAGUACCGCCCUCGUAGGAAGCCCAAGACCCUGAAGAAGGAUGGCUACCCCUACAGCUUCCCCUACCUGCCCACUGCUCUCGACCCCCUCAGUGCCAUGUCUCGUGGGAUGUACCACCCUCACUUCUCGCCCGCCCUCACCCACAUGACGGCGGCCAUGGGGGGUAUGGGAGCGAUGGGUGGCAUGGGCACCAUGCCCGCCCACACGCCCACGGAGUAUCAAGCCACCCUCGACUCGGAGAAGGUGCGGGCUGCCUUCCUCCCCACCUCUCUCAGUAGUCUAGGAGCCUUCCAGUCCCACGCCCUGUACACCUCCAUGGCGGCCGCCCAGCAGAACACCCACGCCCACACACCUACGCCCACCUCCCCGGACACCACGCCCACCAACACCGUCCUCUCGACACCCCUGGCGGCGCCCGUGGCCAAGUUGGCGCAGCCGGUGCAGGAAGACCGCCGUGCCAGCCCUCCUGCAUCUACUGCUUCAUCGCCGUCUUAUGUUCCACCUCCCUUUUCCGCCCUCUACUCCACCCCCAGCACCCUCGGACCAGGACACCCGCUCCUCUACCCCGCCCAGUACCCGCCCAUGACCACACCCACACAGGACCUGCGCCGGCCACUCUCCGUCCUCUUCUCCUAGACUAGCCAGCAGCCGCUAUGGUCAUGCACUUGCUGGUUCCCGUGUUGUACGGAACCUACUUCGAGGUCAGUCCUCGAAGUCUCCGGUCAGUAGAGUGCCAUCUUCAAGGACACCGGUCUGUAGCAGUUCCUCCUCGAGGUCUGCAUCGAAGUCAUCAAUUGCUAGCACAUCUUCCUUCAAAGUCACCCAUCAGCGGCAGAUCUUCCUUCGAUGUCAGGAAUCAGUAGCAGGUCUUUGUCGAGGUCAGCCAGCUGGCUAUCCUUCAUAUCAAAUCGACUUCAAUGUUUCAUGACAUCGUCGAGGUUACCCAUUAGAGGCAGCUGCUCCUUCGAGGUUGCCAGUCGUUCUCGUAGAUCACACUUGAUGUCACCACCCAGGUCACCCUCAGCUUACCAUUAACCCACAGGUACUCCUUUCGAGAUGACCACUUCGAUUACAAUCAAAAGUCUUCAAGCAGCUGGUCAUAGUCUAAGACAACAAGUAUUUAACACUUACCAGCAGAAACCUUGAAAUUCAAUCUUCAAAGAAAAGCAUCCCAAAUCUAAGACAACCAAGUGUAAAUUGUAAAUGUUUUGCUUAAUUUUUUUGAGCAGUAGCAUUGUGCAAGCCAUGCAAGUGUGUUUUAAGUGUAUAUUUUCGGUGUUUAGAAGGUCGGUAAAUGUGUAUGUAAACAAAACAGCCUCGUGAGUCGCAAAACAGCGAGAGCUUCAGAGACCGCCUCAAAAAAUAUAAUGUAUAUAUUUAAAUUCUGUAAAUACGGAAGUGAGGUCAGCGUGUGUUCCAUAAGUUUAAUUUCCCAAGUGAGUGCUUCCGGUUCAUGUAAAUUGACCAGGCAAUCGUUUCCAGGUUACCCGAUUUAUUCAGUGUUUCAGGUUGCAUGCAAAUGACUUGUUUCAGUGUACGUUUACCGUAGUGUUCGUACACUGGGAUCACUAUACUUUGCUUCAAGCAACGUAUAGUCAUCUCGUGAGGGCCUCAGGUCAAAUAAGUUGACCUGUUGAGUUCUUCAGGUCACAUGUAUACCACGACGAACGUUCAAAGCCACACGUAUUACCUGAUAAGUGUUUUAAGGUUAUAUGUGAUCACCUAAUUACUGCUCUAUAUCACAUAAAUCAGUAGAGCUGGUGAUCGCCUCAAAGGACACGUACUAACUAAUGUGUAACCGUUCAGCACCAAUUCGCAGGACCAAAGAUGAACUUGCCAGUCGACCUUACAGUGAGCAUAAGACACCUACCCGGUACCUGAAGUUCGGACACCUUGGAAAAAAAAAAUUAGCUCGUCCUACUGGUUAUAAAAAUGGAGAAAAAGAACUUGUCACAAGUAGAGCAAACUUCUUACCCGUGGUAACUCAGGGUUUCAUAGCUAUAAUAGCCGGCCACGAUUCCUGUACCUGGAACUCGCUGGAUAGGGCUCGAUAUAGCGUGAACCCUCAGUUGCCCUAGAAACCUCAAAUAAGAAGAACGCAAUUGGAUCAAGUUCGUCUAAGGGCUAACACAGUCUGAGCUAUCGUAGCCCUUAAAGAAGCAACAAAAAAUAUUAGUUCAUGUACAAGUGACGUUAAAUUCUAACACCUGUAAAGAGGAGUGCUCUACCACCACUUUACAUUCAUAUACUAUUUUAUACUUCAUUGAAAUACGAAAUACUAAAAAAAAUCGAUGUUGUGUUGCUAUGUUUUUAUGUAAAUAAAUGAAAAUUAGUGUAGAGUGACUGGUAUCUUAAGCUUACUGUAGCUGUGGCGUCACGCAUUAAUGGCUUUAAAAAUAAAGUUUUUGUGAGAUUUUCUGGUUAAAGAUGUAUGUUUGGGUGUAUUAGUGACUGGAAGUGUUUGCAUGAGUACUGCGGAGUAUAUGUGUACUGGGGGUUACACUGGGAUGUGUGUAUGCAUAUGCAAAGGUAUGUGAAUGUGAUAUACUAGCGUGUAAGUAGAA